AUGAGUCUGCAGAAUACAUGCCCAGCCAUCAUCAUCACCAAGCCCAAGAGCAAGAGCAAAUCUGCGGCACUGCACGCGCGCCUCAUCAGCUUCCCACUCCCCGACACCGAGUCAGACGGCGACAUAUCGACACCAUGGAUCGCCUUAGCUUCCAAGGCUCACUCUAGCCUCGACAGCGACACCCCCGAGAUCAAAGACCUGGCAGACAGCCUCAUCUCCGCGUAUACCGAAGACCUAGUCUUCAUCACGACGCCCGUCUUGCUGUGUGUGAGCCCGCUCCAAGAAUCCGGCGACUAUGCCUCCGACGAGCACAUUUCCAUGCCGUCCGGCACCUCUGAACUGCUUCCACAGCCCAUAACCGCCGACCAACUCAUCGCCAGCCUCUCGAAAUGGAUCCCCCGUUGGCGCCGAUGGCAAGAAAAGGCCUUUGCCCACUCGGCCAACAUAUCCAUCGACCCAUCCAUCACGGCCUGCGGCCCUGUUACACGCUCCGAGAUUUACGCUCACAAAGGGGGCCCUUUGGAGGAAAAAGCACGGCAUCCCCCAGAGGACCCCGAGCCGUGGGCAAAUCCAUCGUCGCUUCCUGCGGCCGUUGACGAGCCCGGGGCUCCUCCAAGUAGCGAUACAUGUGCCAUCCUCAUUGCCGAAGACAACAAAGUCUGCUGCCUAGUUUUAGCAAAGCUCCUGCUCAAGCUGGGCCUGAACUUCAAGGUUGCACAAAACGGCCAAGAGGCCUUUGACGAGUACAAGCGCGAUCCGGAGCGAUACUGGUGCGUGUUUAUGGAUUUGGGUAUGCCGGUUGUGGACGGGGACACGGCGUCGCGAUGGAUCAGGGAUUUUGAGAGGGCCACGGGGUUGGAGCCGUGUGUGAUGGUGAGCAUGCACAGCGGACGGCGGGAGACUGGGCUGAAGACGGACGUUUUUGAUUACUUCCUGGACAAACCUAUACGGAGGUCCGGGAUUGAGAGUAUUUUGAGGGCCGAGAAGGAGAAGGAGUUGCGGCUGGUUCGGCCAUGCUAG